AUGUCAUCAAGUAACUCCAAUGCUGUCAAUGCUGCAAUCGCGGCCGGAGUUGCUGCUCUAGCAGCACCUGCCACCACCCAAGUUAAUACACAAAACGCCGCUUUGCGAACCAAUCCUUUGCCGACCCGAAGAAAUGAAAUGCGUGCCGUCCUCAAGAAACUUACAGAAUUGACACUCCAACUUUCCCUAAUGGAUUUAGAUCAAGAUCAAGAUGUAGUUGAAGCUGACCCACUGAUCACUUUCACCCCUCCAACUGUCCCUACCCCAGCAAUGCAAGCACGCUCACCCGCCUUAGAACGUCCAUUCCAAAUACGUCAAUUUCGACCUCCAUUCGACGUCUCAAUCCAUUCAGUCAGCGGCCCCAUUCCACCCGAACGUGGAGGUAAAAAUUGGACGCCUGCGCGCAGCAACGCUCCACAUGACGAAAUAGCUGCUGCUGAGAACUGGGAGAAGCGAAAGCAGAUCCUCUAUCACUUCUACGCCUAUAAUCAUUUUGAUACCCUUCCCGAUUUUCCUGCCGUAGAAACUGCACUUAGAAAUGCGUCUUCGGCUCGACCCGGCUCGGAGAUCCAAGCACAUCUGCGUUCUAAGAAAGCCAGUUUGGAUCUGCUCAAUCUCACAGAUUCUGAUUUCAAUUUUUUAAAUCAUACUUCAGAGCGGAUGGCCAAUAUCGAGCAUGAUACACACUACAGACUAGCUAGCUACCUGAAGCACAUGCGCGGCGAACUCAUCGAGCCCACCACAAACCCAUCUAUCAAUCUCAUUCUCCAAUCUACUAGCCAUCGCGAGGCUUUGUUAUUCAGAAUCUUCGAGUACAAUAAAGAUCGUCAUCCUCGAGCGAGAUUGAUGAUGCGAUUUUUGACUGAUGCGGAUACGAAGUAUCUAGAUAGUUUGAAUACAUGGUUGAUGCCACGAGGGAGCGAUGGACGGGUCGGAAGUAAGGAGAGAAUCAUAUCUGGAGUUUCUGAUUUUGUGGAAGAGGGUGCUCGCGGAGAUAGAUCGGAUAGCCACUUCAAUGGGAAAGUUGAAGAGUGUUUGCGUCUGUAUAGAUGCUCGGGAAACCCAACGCAUACUGUUUAUCGUGGUCUUCCAGGUUCCGAGGGGAUUUAG